AGCGAAGCAGUGUGUGGAAUAAGACGCCGCUGUGUGUGCGCUGCGCUGCGUGUCAUGUGUGUAAAUGAGGGGCGGAUUACAGCGGUUGCUCUGAGCGCAGACAACGGAUCAGCACCUUUUAUUGGCGGCGGGCUGUGAAAGGGAGCGGGCAAUGCUGUGGGACACUGCGGCGUUUUAAGGAGGCCACAUCCCGGAGGGGUUCAGGGCCGAUCGUGCCUGAACCGGCGGCUCGGAGAAGCCAGCCGGCUGGUGCGCUCCCUGCGACAUAACUAUGUGCGAGAAGAACGCCGCUGUCAUCUGGAGGAACCGCUGCUGCCGACUGACCGGGCGGCGAUGAGCCGGCCAUCCUCUACCGGCCCCGGCGCCGUUAAGACCGGCGCCAAAACGCAGCACGGUGCUCCCACAGCCCCCGGACCGGCCUCGGUGCGGCCCUGCGCUGCUCUCCCCGCAGCGGCAGCUGUCAGCCCCGCGCAGCACCAAGAGCUCACCUCCCUGUUCGAGUGCCCGGUGUGCUUCGACUACGUCUUGCCUCCGAUCCUGCAGUGCCAGGCGGGGCAUCUGGUUUGCGGCCAAUGCCGGCAGAAGGUAACCUGCUGCCCGACGUGCAGGGGCACGCUCACCCCGAGCAUCCGGAACCUGGCCAUGGAGAAGGUGGCUUCUACGCUGCUGUUUCCCUGCAAGUUUGCCUCCACCGGAUGUGUGCUGACACUCCCCCACACGGAGAAGCCCGGGCACGAGGAGCUGUGCGAGUUCCGGCCCUAUUCCUGCCCCUGCCCCGGAGCAUCCUGCAAGUGGCAGGGCUCGCUGGACGCCGUCAUGCCCCACCUGAUGCACCAGCACAAGUCCAUCACCACGCUGCAGGGCGAGGACAUCGUCUUCCUGGCCACGGACAUCAACCUGCCGGGCGCCGUGGACUGGGUCAUGAUGCAGUCCUGCUUUGGACGCCACUUCAUGCUGGUUCUGGAGAAGCAGGAGCGCUACGAGGGCCAUCAGCAGUUCUUCGCCGUCGUGCUGCUGAUCGGCACCCGCAAGCAGGCCGAGGGCUUCGCCUACCGUCUCGAGCUAAACGGGCACCGGCGGCGGCUCACCUGGGAGGCCACGCCCCACUCCAUCCACGACGGCGUGGCCUCCGCCAUCAUGAACAGCGACUGCCUGGUGUUCGACACGGCCGUCGCCCAUCUGUUCGCGGACAACGGCAACCUGGGCAUUAACGUCACUGUCUCCGCCUGCUGCCCCUGAGGAGCCUGUCCGGUUCGGCCCCCUGAUCCCAAGUUCCUUCUACCAGCACAUGUUUUGUACCGUGAAUGACAAGUUUCCAUCCGUUAAUUUGCCAUAAAUAAAUAUUUUAUUGACAAUCA